AUGAAAUUCACAGCCGUCGUCGCGCUCUACGCCACCGCCGUCCAGGCCACGGACUACUUCUUCACCUACGACGGCGGCAACCAGAUCACCAACGGCCAGCGCCUGCGCGGCAACAACUCGGUCGACUACUACUCCCCAGGCGUGACCCUGCCGCCGUAUAACUCGGAGGAUCACUUCCAACGCAUCAGCACCAACCUAACCACCUGCGCCGGCCCCCAAAACCCCGGCACCCUCCAGGUAGUCCCAACCCACCCGCACCCGCCGCCGGUGCCGGGAUACUACGCCCUCAGCGACAAGGAAAAAGUCGGCGACGCCUACCGGCUGGUGUACACGUACCAUGCAGACGACGCGGCCGAAAGUGUCAAGUACAAGUCAUGGAAGCUUCACACGGUGGGGAAUGGAUCGAGAAAGGAUCUGGCUUCGCUGAGUUUUGAGGGCGAGGGGCUGAAUACGGGGGAUUGGACGUGGGUUGCCAGGAAGGAGGUUAGUGGGGGGUUUGAGAAGUGGGUUCCGUGGUAUGUCAAGACGUCGAGAUUCCCCUCGAUCCUCACCGAGUGGGAGCUUGUCAAGGUUGAUCUGCGGCUCAUUACUGCCAAGGGCCCGGUCAACUCGAACGCGCCGGGUGGUGUGCAGGAGUAA